GAGCCCACAUGAGUAAACCUUUAGCAUAUCCAAUUAGAGUCGCUCUAUGUGAUCUGUUCACGUUGUAUCAUCAAUGUAACCGCGACGCCACUCUUUCAUCAAAGUUUGUCAAGUCUUGCGUCAGGACUAUAGGAAAUGAAGCUGUGAUCAAUGAAGUAAAACCUAUGCUUCCAAUACUCGUGGAGUGGUUUAUUGAACUCGAUGGUAAUAAUGAAAUAUCAUCAUUGGAGCCGUUGAUUAGAAGCUUCGUUUAUCUUCCUACUCGAGCAAUUCUUUUGGACAGCAUACUGGUAUAUGAUGAAACGACGUUUACGAGGGUAUGUGGGAUCGAACCGUUUGUCUCAUUAGUUAUUACCUGCUUACCCCAUGGCUCCCUUCUAAGAUUGUAGAUACUCUACUCCAAAUUGCAAGUAAUGGCUCUAGCCAGCUUACUUUUUUCAUAAGUGAAAAUCUGUACGCGUUGGUUCAAAAAUACCCAAGCUACGCAUUGUCCGUCAGGUUCAAGCUAGUCCAGGCUCAAUUACUCCCAGAUCUCGCUCUUCGAUUGACGAUAACACAUAUUCACGACGAGGUAAACUUCUUGAAUGGUGAGCUUGCGGGAUUACCGUCUUGGAUCCUAUCGCAAUCAACCAACAUCGCUCCACUAAUUACCACCAUGAAAAACAAACUUUUUGAGUUGGCUAAGGAACAAACAACCAAGGAAUCUCCAACUCAAUUAGAAAUGGCAAAAAUAAUGCGAGCUAUCAUAGGGUUACUUGGAUUCUUUGGUAUUAAAGCAACCGAAGAACAGUAUAAAGUGUGCUUUGAUGUUAUUCGAAAUUCAAACACUGAAAGGACUAUGGAGCUUAGCCUCUGCUUCAUAUUGAUAUGUGCUGAGCAGGUUCUACGGCUACCUCUUCGAGAACGCAACGGUCUGUUAAAACACGUACUGGAGUCAACUGUGACAGAGAUGCCGGCACUAAUAGCAGUAGAAUUUGCUGCAAACCAAAUUUUGCAAGUGGAGGAAAUGGUACGAGAGAAGCUGAAAAUGGGAAUCAUGAUACCAAAAUUAUACUUGUUUGAAAUGCAGAAGCUUUUCAAGACGCUCGAAGUUGAUAUAUAUGCCAAGUUCCGUCAAACGCAGGAGGAGUGAUUAUAAUAUACACUAUGGUUUUAUGUAUGUACAUUGACAA